UUAUGAAAUCAUGGUAAUGCCCUCUUUGAGCAAAUUGCCUAAUAAUGCCUUCGAAUAGCAACCAAAAUUUUCCUUAUCGUUUAAAGGAAGAAAAGCAGCUCCUUCCCAAACAAAAUCGUCAUGAAAUGGUCCCCCACCACCGUUAUAAAAUGCCUCACAAUCUCAGCCAUUCUUCCUUCCGCCCUGCCCUACACAUGGCGAACGCCGUCGCUCCCGUCACCAACUCAACCCACUCCACCGCCCAUGCCUCCGCCGCCUCCGCCGCCUCCUCCGCCUCCAAGCGCCGCAAAGUGGCCGACCACCGCGACGGGGACCGCCCCCACCAGCAGCCCUUGCUGCCAGGGCUCCCCGACCACAUUGCCCGCCUCUGCCUCGCCGGCGUCCCGCCUUCCCUCCUCUUCUCUGUCUGCAGCUCGUGGCGGCGCGUCAUCUACACCCCCUCCUUCCCUCCCUUCCUCUCCCUCUACGCCCUCCUCUCGCCCUCCUCGCCCCAGGACGCGCACCCCCCGUCCUCCCUGUCGCCGCCGUCGCGCUCGCUCCGGACCGAUCCGCACCACCUGAGCAACGUCGAGUUCGCGACCUUCGACCCGAUCGCCGCCCGGUGGCGCGAGCUCCCCCCGCCGGCCCCGGGCGCGCCGCUCCGCCUCCUCGUCACCCACCCCUCCUUCCUCUCGUGGCGCUUCCCCAUCCAGACCGUCUCCGUCGCCGGCAAGCUCGUCCUCCUCGCCGCCACCGCCCGCGACUUCUUCCCGGCGAUAUCGCGCCCCCUCAUCUUCGACCCGAUCGCCAGGAGGUGGGCCUCGGGCCCGCCGUUCACGGCCCCCCGGCGGUGGUGCGCCGCGGGGGUCCUCGGCGCCGCCGUAUACGUGGCGAGCGGGAUCGGGUCCCAGUUCAGCACCGACGUGGCGAGGUCGCUCGAGAGAUGGGAUCUUAGCACGUCCGGCAGCAGAAACCCCGGCACGAGAAGGAAAGACGAAAGCGCGAAUUGGGAGUGGAGGAAACUGAACGGGCUCAAAGACGGGCGGUUCUGCAGGGACGCCAUCGAGGCCGUCGGGUGGAGAGGCAAGCUGUGCAUGGUCAACGUGAAGGGCCACGCCGCGAAGCAGGGCGUCGUCUACGACGUCGCCGCCGACGCGUGGCGGGACAUGCCGAAGGGGAUGAUCGGGGGCUGGCGCGGCCCCGUCGCCGCCAUGGACGAGGACGUCAUCUACGUCGUCGACGAGGUCCAGGGCGCCCUCAGGCGGUACGACGAGGCGCGCGACCGCUGGGAGGAGGUCAUGGCCUCGGACCGGCUCCGCGGGGCCCAGCACGCCGCCGCCGGGGGCGGCCGGGUCUGCGUAGUGUGCGGCGGCGACGGCGGGAUCGCGGUGGUCGACGUCACCGCCGCCCCGGCGAGGAUGUGGGUGGUGGACCCCCCGCCGGCGGCGCAGGCCGUGGCCGUCCACAUCUUGCCCCGGAUGAGCAGCAGCGGCGAUGAGCCGGAAGAUCUGUGAAUCAAUCGAGGACCGGCGAUCGGCGAGCAGCUUUGCUUUUUCCCUGAGUUUACCGGGGCAAAACGGUAAUUCCAGGUCAUAGAUUUUUUUUUUUUCUCUUUUUUCCCCCUUCUUUUUCCUCUUAUAGAGUUUUCUUCAAUUUUAAAAAAAAAUAUGUCGUGCCCCUUUUCUUAGGUCAAAAAAAGGAGAUAUUUUGUAAAGCCGAAAGUGAAAAUUCGUCGUCUUCCCGAGCGCCUCCCAGAGAAGGAAAAUGUAUAGUAUAUGUAGCAAAGAUGCGAUGCGACAUGAUAUUGAUGUUUUCGAAUUCUUCUA